GUUCGUUGCGGAAAACACAACAGUCGCUCGCUGAUUUCAGAGGUCGUUGGUCCACAGACAAAAGCAGUGUGCUGGUGUUGGUGUGCUUGGUGCUUGGUGCUGGUGCAGUGUGAACUCUCAUCACGUCAAGUACGGUACAUACGGCUGUCAGACACUCGCAGGGUAGGGGUGCAGCACCAUGCCGAAGCCAGUCAAGGCCACAAAAGGCGGGGGCCGCCUGCUGCGCAUGAACAUGUCCCACUACAUCCCUCUGCCGCUGGACAGCCUGAUGCAUGCUCUGCUCAAGGAGAUUCCAGACGAGAAAGACAAGCUCCGCUUCAUCGACUUUGCUCGCAGGCUGCAUCACUUGUACCGCUCACGCAUCACCAACCAGUCCUGGAGGCUGCGCAAAGGCUUCCAACUCUUCGCCAACAACGUCACCGUCGACCUCGGCUUCACGGAGGAGAUUGUGGAGGCAGAAGAAGACUCGUUCAUUGACAACUUUCAUCGCACCAUGAUGGAGGCCAACUUUGAGCUGCUCUCACAGGACACAUACCAGGACGCCCUCAACUCUGAGUACACCUUAAACCUGGACUUGGAGCUUGACACAAACGCCCUCGACUCUUCCUUUCUCAAGCGCUUCUUCCUGCACCAUGAGGAUGAGCUGGGCGAUGCCGCCGACGUGACGCGACACGUGCUUGUGUAUCACCGCGGGUACGGCCUUGACAAGACAAAGGGGCUCUUCAUCAUUGAGAAGGUGGAUGUGCUGUUUCGCAACAUGUUCCACGUGCUCUGGCGCGGGCUGCAGUUGCUGCUUCUCUUCCUCUCCGUCUGGAAGUGGCCAGCCAUCCUGCGCGGAGACAUGGAGGAUGACGAUGCAGAGACAGAGGCAUCCCUCGCUGCUCAGACCGCGGACACAAUGCCAUUUGAUCCGUCCUUGUCAGUCACAGAACACAGCGUUGCGCAAAGCAGACAAGUUAUCCUCAGAAAGUCGCUUGAAGGCCUCAUUGCUGCCGCUCCCUUCAGCACCCUCUUCUCUGUUACCCAGCUGCAGGAGCCGACGUUCAAGGAAAUGGUCGUUCUCUACCGCACCGCUGAACAGCGCGACGAAGCAGCACAGCGGCCGGGAAUUCCACCCUCCAUCUCUGUCAAGUCGUUCAAGAACAUCCCUGUCGCUGAUUUUGAGAUUGUUCUUCCCUGCCAGCGCCCGACAACACGUGCGCUUGAUCUCGUCAAAGUUCUCGCGGCCGUCCUCGUCGCCCUCGCAACCGUCGCCACAAAGUUCUGGCAGUUUUACGAGGAGGAGAAAGAGGAAAAUGACUGGCACACGUCCACGUGGCAGGAGCGCUUCUCCGAAAUUGCGCCCCUCUUGAUCAUCGUUGGCACUUAUGCAAGCAAAAUCCUCGUGCAAAUACGGACACAACAAGCGACGUAUCAGAACCUCAUGACCAACUACCUCUACCAGCGAACCACAGAUUCAGAUGACGGAGUGCGUGCGCAUUUGGAGGACAGUACCAUCCUGCAGGAAGUCAAAGAAUCGCUCCUUGCCUUCUUCUUCCUGUGGAGAUGCACCCCGAGUGGACCCGUGACUCUGGAGGACCUGGAUAUGCACGUGGAGCAGUUCUUGCUGACAAUUGACAACAACGUCGACUUUGAGGUGGACGACGCAGUGCAGAAGCUGGUCGCAGAUGGGAUUGUCAACAUCAACACGGAGGAACUGGAGCCAGAGAGCCAGCUGAAAAACCUCUCAAUCAGCCGCGCGAUUACGAAGCUGGAACAGCAGUGGCAGGUGUUUUUCUCCAACCCAAACCAAGAGUGCCCUUACUGCCCCUUUCUCAAGCACGACGACCUAUGAAACCAUGUCGGAGCAACGUGAAGACACGCGCACGACGAUACAGAGGCGGAGUGGGGGUGGGUGGUGUUUUGUGUCUCUGCUGUGUUACUGACCAAUCGAAAAUUAAACACA